UGCGUCGGUUUGAAUCGCGGCGGGUGAGCGAUGGCGGUGUUGCGGCCCUUCGACAAGCUCCCGGUGCUCAACUCCGCCACCUUGCUGUUGGUGGGUUCGGACGAAGGGCUCCAGCAGGAGCUGGCCAAGGCGAUGCUCCAGGAGAAGAAGAGCUUCAAGAUUAGCAUUCAUCUUGCUACAUCCCUCCCCUUACCUUCAGAGGGGGAUCAUCUUCGGCCCAGGAUAGAUCUGAUUGUGUUUACGAUUGACAUCAAGAACAAACACAGCUUGAAGAAUGUCGAAGAUUCCUUAGCUCAUGUGGCUGCCAGCUUCUUCCUGGGGAAAGUGUGCUUUCUUGUCACUGGGGUUGGCAGGGUGAAUUUCUGCAGUGUAGAAAUGAGUUCCAUCUUGAAACUGGGAGAAGUCUACUGCAGUCCUGUGCUAUACUGUGAGCUGGAGUUGGAAUGGAUACGAGUUGCCACUGCUCAGCGACUUCUCCGGAUGUUACAGAUCUGUGCUGGUCAUGUACCAGGAGUUUCUGCCUUGACCUUUAACUUUAUGUUGAGGAACUCUUACUAGCUUCCCAUUGUGAGAAUUGAGGAUUUUUACUUCAGGCAUUCAAGCUGCUUCAGUUGGAAUCACACUGGGAAGCUUUUUUGCCUAACGUGUCAUGAUCACUCAUCCGGAGCUGUUCCUAGUUGCUAAUCUCUCAAGAAAAGCUUGAUUUCUGCUCAGCUGAUAAUGUAGAGGUGCUGGGGGGGAGGGGAGUUUGAACUGGGGACUCCUAUCCAUUAUUACAUCUCGGUCCCAUUUCAUGAUCAAGUUUGAGUUUCACCCACUUCGCCAGUGGCCAGGAGCUACAUGUUUUACUGAGAGAAUAUCAGAAAAACAAGCUGCUAGCCCAAAUACUUCAUAUCAUGUUGAGUAUCUUAGUUUCCCAAAGUACUAGAGAAGAGGCAGCAGGUUCCUGCUUCCUUACAGUUGAAAUAUAGCACCUUGGACUAACAUGAAACCUGCCUCCUAGGUUUUGUCUCCCCACUAAGAGAAUAAUGGGGAAGAAGGGUUGUACUUCAGCGGGCAGUUAGUGAUCCAGGUGUGUGAGUGUCUGCCCAGUGAAGGGCUCAGUAUUCCAUGCCUGGUACCUAACUGGGGAGGAAGGGACUAAAUAAGGUAAUUGAGCACUUUAGCUUUCUUAUAGAUCUUUAAAGAAAAAGGCUUCAUCUAGCAAACCCAAGAUAACAAGCAACCCUAUUUUAUUAAGCCUAGGAUAACCAUAUUCUUACUGCAAUUCAGCAGUUUGUUAUGGAGUUGUAAGUUAACAAAAUGUGUACUAUUUAAUAA